UCAAUUCUGCAAGUGGUUCUGAUUUAUUAUCGCUAUUCUCUAGCUGGUCUAAAACCGCUUUUGACCUAAAGGGACGCUUUUUGGACACCAUGGACAUUUCUCAGUUUCCAGGCAGAAAGAACAGUAAAAAUGCAGGCAGGGCACAGGACAAAGCACUCGGGGCAAAAUGUAUGUGAAAUGGUUUGAAACAAAAAUUUCAGUUUUUAAAAGUUUUAAAUUUGCCGACAGUUCCGGCCCCCGUAUGUCCCGACGCUCGCAGGGACCAGAACACGGAAGCCGGAUGCCAGCAUCGGCUGGAGGAGAUGGCCGGGGGGCAUGC